AUGAAAUCCUCGUCCUUUGCGCUCCUCUUUUUCUCCAAUGGCCCUUCUGCCAAUGCCUUUUCUGGCGAUGGCUCUGGAGAAGAACCGUGCGAGUACGUCUUUGAAAACUCGACUGAAAUCAUCUGCGAUCCGAUGGAACGCGGAGUCAGAAUUUCAAAAUGCGGCUUGGAACCGACUCCUUUCACGAUCGACGAUCUCUACAUGGAGAGCACCGCUUGCAGGGCUGUCGACGGCGACGACGGCUGGUACUACUUUCUCGUGGACAACACCGACUGCUCUGCGAAUAGAAACGUCAACGACACUCACAUCAGCUAUUCCGCCGCGAUCAUGGGCUCCGUCGGCGCCACGGUCAACAACAAAAUCAGCCGCGUCCGCAACUUCGGGCUCGACUUCACCUGCGAUCUCUUGGUCGACUACGUCAUCAGCGCCAUUCCAGUGACAGCAAAACUUCAUUUCAUAGAAAUGGAAGUUGAUGAGAAUUCUGGAAGCUUUCCUGUUUCGAUGGCGAUUUAUGAAGACGAAUCUUUCAGUGCCGAAAGAGCUGAUGGUGAUGUUGUCACUGUUCCCGAUCCAGUUCAUCUCGCCGUGCAUGUCGACAACCAGAGCAGCCUCAACAUCGUCACUCAGCUCGUCAACUGCUGGGCGACUCCUGACAACAACGCAGACAACCCGAUCCGAUUCCCCUUCAUCGAAAAUUCCUGUGGCCUCGACUCCGAGCUCUACGAAUAUGAAACAUUGGAAGUUCUAGCUAAUGGAGAAGCAACUUCUGCACGAUUCGCCAUUGACUCUUUCCUCUUUGAUGCCUCGGAAGAAUCACCCGUCUUUUUCCACUGCGAAGUUCGCUUGUGCGACGCUGAUAUUGAAAACUGCGUGCCCGACUGCUCCACCGACGCUGGGAGAAAAAGAAGAUCAGCCGACGAUUCUAAUUCCGCUGUGCUUUCUAGCAAGCCUGUUACUAUCCGCCGCCACUAA